CUCGCCCCCCCUUUGAACACCUCUGUCCUCUGGUGUACAUUCGACAUGCCCAAAAUCUAACAUUUCUUCACCAAAAUACCCUUCGAAGAUAGUGUCAUUUUCCAAAAAAACCUCUUCUCUUCAUUCGACCAAUUAGUGUUCCAGCACUUCUAAUCUUUGUAGUUUUUGUGCAAAUUCUUCCUCAUUUUUCACCGUCUCCAAGUUUUCUUCCUCUGCACAUUCUCUCUUCAGUUCGGCUGAAUUUGAGAACUGUGAAAAUAAUUUUCUGUGUCGAGGAAGAACCAAAAUGCCUGCACAGAAGAUAGAAACUGGGCAUAAUGAUGUGGUUCAUGAUGUUCAAAUGGAUUAUUAUGGCAAACGACUUGCCACUGCAUCUUCUGAUGCUACGAUUAAAAUAAUUGGUGUGAGCAAUUCGGCUUCACAACCCCUUGCUACAUUGACCGGCCACCAAGGCCCCGUUUGGCAGGUUUCGUGGGCACACCCGAAAUUUGGGUCGAUCCUUGCCUCAUGUUCUUAUGAUGGUAGGGUGAUUAUAUGGAAGGAGGGUAAUCAGAAUGAGUGGGCACUAGCUCAUGUGUUUCAUGAGCACAAAUCUUCGGUUAAUUCCAUCUCUUGGGCACCACAUGAACUAGGGCUUUGUUUAGCUUGUGGAUCAUCCGAUGGGAGUAUCUCGAUUCACACUGUUCGUGCUGAUGGUGGUUGGGAUACCAAUAGGAUUGAUCAGGCACAUCCGGUUGGGGUAACAUCAGUGUCAUGGGCUCCAGCAACUGCACCAGGAGCCCUUGUAGGAUCGGAUUUGCUAGAACCCGUUCAUAAACUGGCUUCGGGGGGUGCUGAUAACACUGUGAAAGUGUGGAAGCUUUCAAAUGGGACAUGGAAGAUGGAUUGCUUCCCAGCUCUUCAAAUGCACUCAGAUUGGGUCAGGGAUGUAGCUUGGGCUCCUAAUCUUGGGCUUCCAAAGUCAACAAUCGCCAGCGCUUCACAGGACGGAACUGUGGUUAUAUGGACUGUGGGCAAAGAAGGUGAAAAAUGGGAAGGCAAAGUUUUGAAGGACUUCAAAACUCCAGUUUGGAGGGUAUCAUGGUCUUUGACAGGGAACUUGUUAGCCGUAGCUGAUGGGAACAACGAUGUCACAUUGUGGAAAGAAGCAGUUGAUGGAGAGUGGCAGCAGGUUUCUACAGUUGAGCCAUAGCUUUUUCUUCAGUACUCUGAUAUCUCUUACUACAAUGUCAUCUUUCAUGGAUUUUAAUGAACUAGGUUUUUAGUCUGUUGCUUGCUGCAGUUUUUGUAGUGUGGAUAAUAUGUUGAUUGUAUUUUCUAGUAUGAUAUGGUUCUCCAUAUUUUUGUUAAGAUAGACAAAAAAAGAACUAGUUGAUUCCUUCUGUUGUCAAUUUAUACACAACCUGUAACUUCUUAUUGCCCUUUGUUUGAAGUUUUGAGUUCUGAUUUUGUUGGUAUA